AUGUCGAGGCGAUGCUCACUCCCCUCUAUCGUCCGCGAGAUAGGUCACUCCCCAUGCGUCGUGGAAGUGCUGCCCUCCAUCGCAGACGUUUCCGCGUCUCCGCCGCGUACCAUCUCCCUCUUCCGUCGCCCCUUCACGCUACCCUCCUUCACCCCUGCGCACUCCCCUCCGUCGCCCUCGCACACUCCCGGAUCCGUCGCCAACGCUCACUCCCCUCCCGUAGACCACGCUCACUCCCCUCCCGUCGCCCACGCUCACUCUUCCCUCCGUCACACACGCUCCCUCCUCCAAGUCGCCCACGCUCACUCCCCUCCGUGCUGGUUCUGCCCUCGUCCGAUCCGUGUUUCCCCGCCGUCACCCCCCUGCUUCCCCUCCUUUCCCCCCAUGCUUCCCCGCUCUGCCUUACAUCCUUUUCCCGCCUUUCCCCACUCUGCAUUACCCCCUCCUUGCACGUUUCCACCAACGGUGCCAUACGCCCGAGUUCCUCCUGUUCCCUCUCGUCCCUACACUCUUCUUCCCCCUCUCCCCUCUCUGCCUUACACCCGUCAACCCCCUUUUCCCUCUCACCGUUACACUCUUCAACCCCCACCAUGCGUUCUCUGUGUUACGCCCUUCUUCCCCCGUUCGGGACUGUCUUACACCCUUCUUUUCAUAUUCCCCACUCCGCCAUACCCCCUUCUUCCGCCUUUCCACUCUCUCAUGCCUUACGCCCUUCAUCCCCUUUUCUACCUCGCAGCGAGCAGUGCAGCGGCGCCCAAUGCUCCUUCUCUCAUCUCCCUCCCCUCUCUCCUCUGUCUUCUCUCACGCCCCGCCAUGCCACUCUGCCUCUCACCCUUCAACCUCCCCAUCCCCUCUCUGCCUUACGCCCUUCUACCCCCUUUCCCGUCCAGGCCAUACGCCUUUCUUCCCCCUUACGCCACUCUGCCUUACUCCCGUCCAUCCACCUUCCCCUAUCUCCCUCUCCUCCUCCAUCCCACUUUCACAUUUCUGUAUUACGCCCUUUUCAUGUCGUACGCCACUGUGCCCGUCUCCCUGCUUCCCCAUCCCCUCGCGCUUCCCUACACCCCUCGUCCCCCUUUCCCCUCUCUCACCCUUCUCCUUCCCCGUUUCGCCUCUCAGCCAUGCCCCCCUUAUUCCCAUUUUCGACCCUUGCUUGCCUUACCCCCUUCUACCCCCUGUUCCCUCUCUUCCUUACAUCCGUCUACCCCCUUUCCCGUCUCUGCCUUACGCCCUUCUUCCCCCUGUUCCCUCACCUCCUUACGACGUGCUUCCCUUUUUCCCGUCUCUGCCUUACCCCCUUCUUCCCCCUGUCUCCCCCCCCCCCUUACAACCAUCUACCCCCUCUACAAAUCUCUGCCUUACCCCCUUCUUCCCCCUGUCCCCUCUCUUCAUUACCCCCUUCUCCCCCCUGCUUCCCCUCCUUCUCCCCCCUGCUUCCCCUCCGUCCCCCCCCUGCUUCCCCUCCGUCUUCCCCCUGCUUCCCCUCCAUCUCCCCCCCGAUUCCCCUCCUUCUCCCCCCUGCUUCCCCUCCGUCUCCGCCCUGCUUCCCCUCCUUCUCCCCCCUGCUUCCCCUCCUUCUCCCCCCUGCUUCCCCUCCUUCUCCCCCCUGCUUCCCCUCCUUCUCCCCCCUGCUUCCCCUCCGUCCCCCCCCCUGCUUCCCCUCCGUCUUCCCCCUGCUUCCCCUCCAUCUCCCCCCCGAUUCCCCUCCUUCUCCCCCCUGCUUCCCCUCCGUCUCCGCCCUGCUUCCCCUCCUUCUCCCCCCUGCUUCCCCUCCUUCUCCCCCCUGCUUCCCCUCCUUCUCCCCCCUGCUUCCCCUCCUUCUCCCCCCCGCUUCCCCUCCUUCUCCCCCCUGCUUCCCCUCCUUCUCCCCCCUGCUUCCCCUCCUUCUCCCCCCUGCUUCCCAUCCUUUGCUCGAACACUCGCGUAAUGCACAAAUGCGACUACCCUCACUCAACCUUACACCCUUCUUCCCCCAAUCCCCUCUCUGCCUUGCCCCCCUUCCUCCGCCUUUCCACCCUCUCCACCUUACACCCUUCUCCCCCCUUCUUCCCUCUGUCCACUCUCUCUUAUUAUCUCCCUCCCCUCCCUCCCCUCCCUCUCCUCUCUUAUGCCGAUCUCCCCUCCCUGUUUCUUUCCCCCCUCGCCUUCACAGCGCCGUACGCGUUGGCCAAUCCUCACCUCUCUUCUCAACAUCUCCAAUCGGCACCCCACGCUUUGCCUGCGCCACUCCCGGGGGUGUAA